UGUUUAUAGGAAUAAAUGCGUGGGGAGGUGAAAUCUUCACACGCGAUGUUCCCAGUGGUGUGUCAGAAGUUUGUCCAUGCCAUGGGGCCGGACACCAUGAUCCCCGCCCAGAGUAUGGAUGCGGCUCAGGAUCUGGACCUCCUCAAGGUCGUGCUGAGGAAGACCAAGCGAAGCUAUCUGUUCUGGGAGAAAGUCAAGCACACAGUCCUGGAUUUUCAUCUCCAGUCCUUGCUACAGAACAGCCAUGUUGUGCUGGAUGUUCCAAGUAAGACGAAGGAAUUUUGCCAGUUCAAUCCGGAGACAAAGUAUUCCCUGGACGGAAAGCUCGGGAUCCAGCUGAUGAGGGAACUAAUGGAUGCAUCGCUAUCUGCUUCGGAUUCCGUCACCAUUUCAUCUCGACUCGGAACCAUCCAGGAGAAAAGUCUGGACUCUGAAGCUUUGCUAGAGGCACUGAAGGGCAGGAGGCUGGACAUGACUAACACAGUGGUACGUCAGGUUGUGGAGAGUACGCAACAGUCCAUCAGUCUGUGUCUCGUCAAGGACCUCUACCUUGUCCAGAAAGACGCCGAAAUCAAGCGCGUGAAGACGGUGGACGAAGACCUGGAUGUCAACGAAAAGGUGAAGGUGGUUCCAGGCGACAUUGAUGAGAAAGUCCACUACGAUAAAACGGGCGACAUUGUUGUCCCUGCAGGAACUCCCAUAGCUUAUAAAGUCUGGGAACUCAAGGUCAGGGCCAAAGAUGGGGCCAUAACCCCCAUGACCUUACCCAGGGGCCAGGGAGGUUUCCAAGGGAUUCUGAUGAGGGACUAUGCUGACACAGUGGAUCCUGACAAGGAAACUGACAAAGGACAUAAAAUGGUGGCAGACAUUUUGAAUCCCUUGGUGACGAUGUCAGAGUCGGUGAGAGGCAGCCUGAUUGGUGCCGUGAAGACAGUCAUGGGCAACCAAGCAGAAAUCAAGCGAAUCGAAAACCUGUUAAGUGAUGUUGAAGCUGAGAGCUUAAAGGAAGCUUCAUAUUCAGAAUGGAUAAAAAGUGGUUCUUUUGAAGAAACAGUUUACAACACAAUUCUCACAGCUUGUGGAUUUGUCAUUAAGGAUGACCAGCUUCAGUACCCACUGGCCCCCAGCAGUGUUCUAACAGCCUGUGCCUAUGUAUUUGGUGCACUGGACGAAUUUGACAAACGAGAACUACAGCAACUUCUGUCAUGUGACAAAGAGGCUGGGAUAUCCCUAGUAGAAAUUUGUUCCCAGGCCAUCAGUGGAGAGACUGCCAUAGUGCUUCCCGACUUCCCCAAGGUCCUCACAAAAGGCACCGUGGGUAGAGACCUGGCGGAAUCCCUCGGGUUCCAACUCAACGACGACAAGAACGCAAUUACCUCUCCUAGUCAGAUCACCAAAACGUUGGAGAACAGUUACUGGGUGCUGUACGCCCUCUUUAAAUGAGACCUUGUGUCCCAGCUGAUGGGUUUAGCUAUGUUCUGAUCAUCAGCGAUAUUUUGUUAACAAGAUUUUGUUUAUUGUAGUUUAUUUGUAAGUUUUAAGAAGCCAAGCUUUGAGUUAAUUGUACAUUAUGUAUAACAUACAUGUAAGAGCAAUUUAUAGUCAGGUUGAUAUAGUACUAGUCAGUCAGUCCAGUGGAACCAAGAGUUGUGUUUAUACCUGUAAUCAUCGCUCAACAGGUUUAUCAUGAUUUAUUAUGCAAUACAAUGUGUUGAUUUGAAUUCUAAAAUUUUACAUGUACAGUUGAACUUUGAUAUCUCAAACACUGAUAUCUCGAAUACAAUGGAUAUGUCGAAGUUAUUUUUAAGUCCCAACCACUUGUUUUUAAGUACAUUACCCUUGAUAUCUCAAAUACUCAGAUAUCUCAAAGUUUUUAAACAGUCCCAUCUAGUUCGAGAUAAUGAAGUUUGACUGUAUGUGCAAGUUAAUACAUGUACUUAAAUGCAAUUUUGACAAUUCCUUUAUUAAAUCAAUAAACAUGAAUGUACUAGAAGAAAUUUUUGUAUGCAAAUUUACCUGCAUGUUCUAAAUGCAUUACUUUGUACAUUGAAAAUAAAUUUGAUCUCAUAA